AUGAAGAACCAGCCUGUUGAGACACUUAGCGGUGGUUCCAAUGCUCCAGUGACCGUGCGGAUUAUAUCAGUAAAGCCGAGAACUGGGUCUUUCGGUCUCUAUGUUGAAAUCUUGGGUAUCCUCUCACGUGGUUCACCUGUUCUUGAAACGGCCCGUGGAUAUCGGAGCUCUCUCCGAUGUCGAGGAUUCCCAGCGGCCACCUAUGUGAAACUCGAUACUGAAUAUGCCUACGAAAACUCGUCCCGACUGUUCAGUGGGUCCAAGCAUGGCCGGGCUACGCACAGCGAUUGGGUGCAAUUGCAUGCAACAUACCAAACAGCUGUGAUUCGUCUGCACUCCUCGGCAGCAUACCCGACAACCCGAUCUCCGAUCUUCACGCCCUCAUACAGUGCUAGCCAGCGAUGCCUGUUAGCCGUCGAAAACAUUCUAUCAGUAACAAGAUGGGCCCGCCCCUUCGCCUUCACUCUCUGGGUCUCAGCGCGCCUACUCCUCGUCCACGGUUCAACCAUUGCACAUACCGUCAGCCCCGAUAUUAUCUUUUUUGUGGACACUCUAUGCCAGUUAGGAAAAUACUGGAAAGUCGCCGAGCGAUACAGCAGCAUCCUUCAACGCGUCCUGGACGAGUACAAUGAGUAUCAGCAAUCGACCGCCAUAGACGGCGAACGAUCCACACCAUCAACAGUCAAGAUUCUCGCCGAUAUGCGUCGCUGUGCAUUCGACCUGGACUUUUUGAUCUCGCGUCAACCACGUGAAUCACCUGCCGACAAUGGCAUUGGCGAGAGCCACCAGCCCCAUCCACCCCCGGCGUCAAUACCCGCCCGCAAUUUCGCACCCAACGAACUUGAGUAUCUCGAUGUCUUUGGUUUCUUCAACGUUCCCCGUGUUCCUCCUGCGCGGGCUCCUGACUUGACUACUUCCACCCACUUGGAAAUCCCAGAUUCUGUGCCAAAUCCGAUGUCAAUUCAUGGAUUGACGGACGCUAGCCUCGCGGCUCCGGCCGGGUCAGUAGCUGUUGGUGGUCAUUCCUCCAAUACGAAUGAAUUCAACAUCACCAACUACUUGAUUCCGACGCCGGAGACGGAUUGGCUGUUCCGACCAUCCUAG